UUUCCUCCCCAGGAGGAGCUGGAGCACCUGAACGAGGCCAACGCUGAGAUCAACCGGGGAGAGCUCGAGCUCGACGCCGCCCGUUGCCGGUACCGCCGCAUCCUCUCGGACUCCGCCCGCAGAUUGAACUCCCAGUCCAAACCAGUCCCAAACUGCCGGGAAAUGGUGUUCGUGGCCGAGCAGGGCGUGGCCAACGGAGCCAAUCGGCUCGACCCGACCUGGCAAGAGAUGCUGAACCACGCCACCAGAAAGGUCUGGGAUGGAGAGCACAAAUCCCGCGUGACCUCCCUGGAAGCCGCCGUCUCCCAGGCCAAGCUCCGCUACUCCGUCGCCCUCCGCAAUUUGGAACAAAUCAGCGAAGAAAUCCACGCCCGCCGCUUCCAGAGAAUUUUCCAGAAAAGGCACCGGGAAAACCCUUUGGGAGCCGAGGGGGGCUCGGAAAACCCCGAAAUCCCCAAAAUUCCGGGGAAAAACGGYGAAAAWUCGGGAAAAAACGGCGAAAAUUYKGSAAAAAACRSCGAAAAUUCCGCSAAAAACGGCGAAAAUUGCGGCGAAAAUUGCGGCGAAACGGAGGAAAUUCCCGGGAUUUCGGGGGAAAUUCCCGAAAUUUCGGGAUCUGGGGAUUCUCUGUCGGUUCUGAGCCUCAGGACCAUCGCCUCGGAUCUGCAGAAAUUCGAUUCUGUGGAACAUUUGGGGCGAAUUCCCGGGAUUUGGGGGCUCCCGGACGCGCUGAGUCUGCACGGGGAGGGGGAGGGGGAGGGGGAGGGGCACAGGAGGAGUUUGAGGCAUCACCGGAGCGUCAGUCUGUGAAAAAAUUUGGGAAUUUUGGGAAAAUUUGGGAAUUCUGGUCCAAAAUUCCUGAAAAUUCCCGAAAAAUCGCGAAAAUCCCGGAGAAAUUGGGUGAAAUACGGAGGAAAUACAGAAAAAACUAAAAAAUCCUGAAAAAAACCACAA